AUGAUCAAGGGCCCGUUGGAUAUCUUUAUGAACCCAGGAUUGUUGGAAGACCUGAGUCACAGGCAGUAUCACCGCUCAGACGAUUUCUAUAGUCUCAAAGUUAUGUAUGUUGUGUCAUUCAAGAUUGCAAUGUGGGAGUCAACCAGCUUUCAUAGCAUGAUUGGCACAUCGGCCUAUGCUGAGGCAAAGUGGAUUUUCCAGGGUCUCAAGGAGGAUCAUGUUGCGGAUGCGCCGCCCCGCAAGGCCUACACUUACUAUCACGAGAAACGCGACGGCACUCUCCGAAAGGCUACGAUCAAUCCCACGGAUGGAAAAGUCGAAUCGGAUACGGAGAGCCCCGACAUCCAGGGCCUGGCUGAAAUCGACGAGAUUGGGUGCAUCUACAAUGUAUGCAACGAGUAUCCCGCCGUCGAGGAGGAAAUUAAGAAGUUGAAAUUGCCGGAAGGGGCUUAUGUGACAAAUGACCCAUGGACCUUCGGCACCGACGACCCUGAAGCAAACCAUUACUCUCUCCCAGCCCCCUUUGCGCCAAUAUUCAAUGUGGAUACAUCCGAGCUUAUCGAGGUUCAAAGGCUUCCUCUUGGCGUUGAUGCGAAGCUGAACACUGAUACCCAGCCCUGGGACCCUGUCAAGCCGGUGGAAUACAGCACAUCUCUCCUUGGUGAUGCCUAUUUCCGCAAGAACCUCAAGCCCUUACAAAUCGUUCAGCCACAGGGUCUGUCUUUCUGCAUCAAUGGCCGGCACAUCACUUGGCAGAAGUGGUCAUUCCACAAGGGAUGGACAGUUCAUGAACGGCCUGUUCUGAACAAUGUGUUCUAUGAUGGAAGAUCUCUCUUCGACCGCGCGUUCGACUUGGGUGACUCGGGCUUCGGCAUUACUUCCAACACCCUGACGCUGGGAUGUGACUGCCUCAGCCACAUUGCUUACUUGGAUGGAGUUCGUACCACUGGCGCUGGCGAGCCGGUUGUCAUAAAGGAUGUUAUCUGCAUGCACGAGAUGGAUAAUGGAAUUGGGUGGAAGCACACAAACUUCCGUAACAAUAAGGCGUCUAUGGUGCGCAGCCGCCAGCUGGUCAUUCGGUGCACUAUAACGGUGAUGAACUACGAGUAUAUCUUGGCUUUUGUACUCGACCAGUCUGCCAACCUGCACAUCGAAGUCAAGGCCACUGGUAUUGUCUCAACGAUGCCGAUCCGCCAGAAUACAUAUUCCCCCUGGGGUACCGUGGUUGCUCCCGGCGUGCUGGCCGCCAACCACCAGGAUCACAGUCGGUCCACCCUGGUUGAGCACCAGGUUGCCCCAUGCAGCUGCGGAAAGUGA